CCUUCCUUGACAUAUGGCCUGCAUUUUGGACCAUCAUGUAGCGUUUCAAUGUCCCUGCUGAGGACUUGAAUAUAUUAGUAUUUGCGCCAGCAAAUUUGGUGCUCGUCAUUUGAUUAGAUUUGGAAAGAAAAUAAGAGCUGGUUACUUACUAGGUUCCACAGGACAUUGCAGCCCAUUGGUGGUCGCGAGGAUGAGACAGUACCGAUACUAGGGAGAGGCCGUGAGGACGAAAUUAAGGAAGGGAGUGGGAGGUCUUUCCCUGUCUCAUCCUAAACAGCAAGCAAGCAGUGUACUGUGGACUGCAUUGGGCUGAAACUCAAACCCGAGGUUCUUAAACGCUAUCUGGCUGCUAACGUGCAGCCUGCCCUUGAUAAGGCCAGGGACCCGCAGUGGUGGAAGUGGCAGACGCUGGCAUUGGGCUUUUGCGACACCGGUAUGCUUUAUGAUGUGGUAUGAACGAGCCACAUUCACAUGCUCUACAAAAAUGGAGACAAUACAAGUCAUUAUAAUAUUGUGCAUCUUAACUAGCUAACCACCAACCCAGUUAAUGCACAGUUUUGGGGCAUAUUACUGAUAGGAGCAGCUGCCCAUAUUCGUGUCAAGGUAACAUAGUUAUGUUUACUGUCUGUGUAGGAUUUGGCAUAAGAAGGCUCCUUAUCGCGAGCGAGCAUGGAGGGGCGUUGUGGAUUUAGCUAACUUUGCUUGCUAGCUCAGUGCAAUACUUCUGCUUUUAACUAGAUUUGAAUUUGUUUUAACCAAAUGCAUACAUGUUAACAUUUUAACUGGGAGGUUGACUUGUGAGGGUUUACAGAGUUGUGUUUUCAAGGUUUACUUAAUGUUGUCACAGGAUAUAGCAAUCCAGCUAGCUAACGUUAGCUAAGUAACCCGGGUCAAGCUCGUGCACCCUAAUGAAGGAGUACAAAGUGGUUGUGCUGGGAAGCGGCGGCGUCGGCAAAUCCGCGCUGACUGUCCAGUUUGUCACGGGCACAUUCAUCGAGAAAUAUGACCCUACAAUUGAGGACUUCUAUCGGAAAGAGAUCGAAGUGGACUCGUCGCCUUCGGUGCUGGAGAUCCUUGACACGGCAGGGACAGAACAGUUCGCUUCCAUGAGGGACCUGUACAUCAAGAACGGCCAGGGUUUCAUACUUGUCUACAGUCUCGUCAAUCAACAGUCAUUUCAGGUAAAGGGCCUUUAUCUGGUGUUACCUGCCAACAUGUCAAGGAGCUUGCAACCUCAUGAUAGAGUUGUAGCCAUGUUUUAAAUGGGCCUACUGAGCAUUGCCUAUUGUAUUCAUAUAAUUCUGAGUGCAUCAUUCCUAAGCCUAUUGUUGACAGCCUAAUCUCUACAAUAUAAAUCCAUAGACAACUCUUCAUCCCCAUAAGUCUGUGCUCUACACACUGAACGUUUUUUAAAGCUCAACAGGUUGGAAGAAUGGCUUAAGGGCUGCUACUUAACCGAUUGAUAUACAUUGAAGGGCUAGGCAGCAAUAAUUGUUGCACAAACAUUUCCCCACAGUUCCUGAGAAUAUCCUUAUAUCCAUCAUAUCUAAAUUCCUCCCCAGGACAUCAGGCCGAUGCGAGACCAGAUAGUGCGGGUGAAGCGCUUUGAGAAGGUGCCACUGAUCCUGGUGGGGAACAAGGUGGACCUGGAGUCUGAGAGGGAGGUGGCGGGUGCAGAUGGUCGGACCCUGGCCCAAGAGUGGGGCUGUCCCUUCAUCGAGACCUCGGCCAAGAGCAAGACCAUGGUGGACGAGCUGUUUGCUGAGAUCGUCCGUCAGAUGAACUAUGCCACGCUGCCAGAGAAACAGGAGCAGUGCUGCACGGCCUGUGUGGUGCAGUGAGGGAGUAAGGGACACUGUCCUCUCUAUACCUCUUCCCCAGGUAAGAGACUAAAGCACUACACUUCACCCUCCACACACACAUAGUAGUACAAAGAAGUGAUAAUGCACAAUAGGCUUUUCACUGACAAUGGGCAAGAAUUCACAGAUUGUGAUAAGAUGUAUGGGCAUGGAUAGCAGGAGUGUAGAGUUCAUAAUGCGUGUGCAAAAAUGUACGUGCGGAGGAAGGGAGAUGAGAGGAUUAGGGGUGGCACAAAGGGAACAAAAUUACAGCUGUUAGAAAAAGCAGACAGAGGAGGGGGUUUGCUGCACAGACUGUUAAAACCAUUGGUUUAGCCUGUUAUCAUUAGAUCAGACAAAGAAUGUGGCGUGAAGAACCCAACUGUCUGAGCAGUGAGCACAAGGGCGGAAAAGAAGAGCGAGAGAAGAAGCUGGCAGUGUAGAGACUAGAGAUUUAUGAGCCACAGAUAGGACAGGUAUCAGACAAGGAAAACGCAGCAUCCUGAAUAUAAGUUGAUGUUCCAAAACAGGAAGCAGAUUUUCUGCACUGUGUGAGAACUACCCCCACCUUCCCCACACAAACAGCAGACACACAUACACAUCGAGGUAUUGGUCGUUUUAACUGUGUUUCACAGUUUUCUAUAUUGAUGAAAUGCUAAUUUCCUUAACUGUGUAAAGGUCUUAAUUACUCAAAUAUGAAUAUCUUCAUACAGUGUAUCAACACCUAGUGGUGUCUUCAGUCUUUCCUUUACUCUGUCAGUUACUAAAACACAGUACUUUUUUUGUUCUCUAUUGUCAUUAUUUGACAGGAUCUCUCCCAACUCGUUCCUGCUUUGAUGACCUAUGACCCAGGAACCACUUCCGCUCAAUCACAUCUUUUGACCUCUCCAGCUGGCAGUGUUACCUACAGUACCAGAGAGCAGAUUCUUGUCUGUUCAUAAUCCAAUUAAAGGGAGUCUUGAGCCUGCCCAACCUUUGAUAUCUUGACUGUGGAACACAUUCACCUGCAGACUCACUGGCCUUCAUGGUGACCCGGCCCAGGGAAGACCCACUUUUCAAUGUGUAGAGGAUAACCAUAUGGGAAUGAGGAUGAAGUGUUGUCUAUGGAUUUCUAUUUUCUAAUUUGGGGUUGGGGAGCGCUGGGGCAAUGAGCCGUGAUCUGUUCAGGACCACAACGUCCCUUUUUGAAGCUGCUCAGUCAUUAUUUCCCCUAGUUUUACUUUGUACUUUUAUCGGUUUAUUAAAUCUGGUAUCUAAUUUUAAAGUGAUAACAGACAUGCAGGUUGUGGGCCACCCAGAAUUGAAUCAAACCGUGGUAAAUAUAUGAUUGCUGUGCUCUAUAGGGCCUAAACUAGCUGUAUGGUGGUCAUAAAGCAGACCAGCCUUCAACUUUCUAUUUUUCAACAGGCAUGGUCAAGCCAGGUCCCCAAGCAUGAGAUGUUCACGUUGAGCAUAGAGCACUAUGCAUGUUUGUUUUCUAAUUACCGCUGUGUGGUUUGCUUUAUAUACAGGAGAUACAGGUUCCUCUUAGUCAUCAUGCAAAUGACUAUUGUGUUACAACAUGGUUUGAUCAAAUUCUGGCCCUAAGCAAUCUAAUCUAAACCACGUGUCAAACAUGAUCGACGGAGGGCAGAGUGUCUGCAGGU